GUGAGGAGGCUGCGUCUGGCUCCCGCUCUCACAGCCAUUGCAGUACAUUGAGCUCCAUAGAGACAGCGCCGGGGCAAGUGAGAGCCGGACGGGCACUGGGCGACUCUGUGCUUCGCUGAGGAAAAAUAAUUAAACAUGGGCAAAGGAGAUCCUAAGAAGCCAAGAGGCAAAAUGUCAUCAUAUGCAUUCUUUGUGCAAACUUGCCGGGAGGAGCACAAGAAGAAGCACCCAGAUGCUUCAGUCAACUUCUCAGAGUUUUCUAAGAAGUGCUCAGAGAGGUGGAAGACCAUGUCUGCUAAAGAGAAAGGAAAAUUUGAAGACAUGGCAAAGGCGGACAAGGCCCGUUAUGAAAGAGAAAUGAAAACUUAUAUCCCUCCUAAAGGGGAAACAAAAAAGAAGUUCAAGGAUCCCAAUGCACCUAAGAGGCCUCCUUCGGCCUUUUUCUUGUUUUGUUCUGAGUAUCGUCCAAAAAUCAAAGGAGAGCAUCCUGGCCUAUCCAUUGGUGAUGUUGCAAAGAAACUGGGAGAGAUGUGGAAUAACACUGCUGCAGAUGACAAGCAGCCUUAUGAAAAGAAGGCUGCUAAGCUGAAGGAGAAAUACGAAAAGGAUAUUGCUGCAUACCGGGCUAAAGGAAAGCCUGAUGCAGCAAAAAAGGGAGUUGUGAAGGCUGAAAAAAGCAAGAAAAAGAAGGAAGAGGAGGAAGAUGAGGAAGAUGAAGAGGAUGAGGAGGAGGAGGAAGAUGAAGAGGAUGAAGAUGAAGAAGAAGAUGAUGAUGAUGAAUAAGUUGGUUCUAGCGCAGUUUUUUUUUCUUGUCUAUAAAGCAUUUAACCCCCCUGUACACAACUCACUCCUUUUAAAGAAAAAAAUUGAAAUGUAAGGCUGUGUAAGAUUUGUUUUUAAACUGUACAGUGUCUUUUUUUGUAUAGUUAACACACUACCGAAUGUGUCUUUAGAUAGCCCUGUCCUGGUGGUAUUUUCAAUAGCCACUAACCUUGCCUGGUACAGUAUGGGGGUUGUAAAUUGGCAUGGAAAUUUAAAGCAGGUUCUUGUUGGUGCACAGCACAAAUUAGUUAUAUAUGGGGAUGGUAGUUUUUUCAUCUUCAGUUGUCUCUGAUGCAGCUUAUACGAAAUAAUUGUUGUUCUGUUAACUGAAUACCACUCUGUAAUUGCAAAAAAAAAGUUGCAGCUGUUUUGUUGACAUUCUGAAUGCUUCUAAGUAAAUACAAUUUUUUUUUAUUAGUA